GCGGGCACUAGAGGAGGGGGUUUGCGCAGUGUCCACUUGGUGGGGCUGGUAGUUACCCCCUUCACCUGUAUGCUGUAAUGACUGCUCCUUUCCUCUUGACUGCCAUGGGUAUUUCAGGUAUCUUAAGAAAACCAUUGCCUAAUCAAAGGGACCGCUUACACCUGAGACGGACUACAGAACAGCACGUGCCAGAGGUGGAAGUCCAAGUCAAACGUAGGAGGACAGCCUCACUGAGCAACCAAGAGUGUCAGCUGUACCCAAGGAGAUCUCAGCAGCAGCAAGUACUUGUGGUGGAUUUCCAGGCGGAACUGAGACAGGCAUUCUUAGCUGAGACACCGAGAGGUGGUUAAAGCAGUUAUUGGAACAUCCAGCUGACAAUGUAAUAAAACUGUUAUCCAUGAUAUUUUCAAUGUGAUAUAGAUUUAUUUACAGUCUGUCUUUUUUGUUUUAUGUGACCUUUUUUAAAUUUUAAAAUUGAAAUACUAUCGUUUCCCUUAAAAGAAUGUUCUCAGGCAUCUUUCUUAGAGAAUCACAUUUAAAGAUGAAACACCAAAUUGGGACAAUAGGGGAUCUAGUGAUACUAUAGAAGGUGGUGAAGAGAAAGGGUUUAUUAGGAAGGAAGGUAUAUGAAAGUAAACAUUAAAGGGUAGGGAACCAGAUAAAUUUCUAGGAUGAGGGUCAAGUCUAAGAAUCAUGUUAAAGAAUUAUAUCUAAAGAGUAAAUGUAGAUUGGGUAGUUUUUAAAGAUGUUUUGACAAUUGUUAUGUUUCCUUUUUUACAAUAUAAAUUGAAAGCUUCCAAGUGAUAGAGAAGAAAAAUGGGGAAGUAAACCAAAGAUUUUAAAACCCAUGUUUAAACCAUAGCAUAAGGUUGAAUUAAAAAAGAAAAAAAUAUUGAAUUUUCUUUAAUUUUGCCCAUUUGCUUUUUUUAGUUGGAAUCGUGCUUUUAAAUAAAUUUAUUUUGUAUUUAUUUCACUUAACUGUAUAUCACUAAUAUUUUUUUCAUUUUAUUAUAGUCUACAUAAUUAUCAUUUGUAAUGAAUAAAUGAUAGUUCAUUCAUGA